AUGCCGAUGCUGCCACAUAUGGUCAAAUUGACCGUUGACGAUUCUACUCCCGGAGUGAUGGCAGACGAUCAAUUAAAGCAAUAUAGAGAUAGCCAUAAAGAACCUCAUGUUCUCACAACUUCAAAUGGAGCUCCAAUUUAUACUAAAACCGCUGUAAUGACUGCUGGAAAACGUGGACCAAUGUUGAUGCAAGAUAUAGUUUAUAUGGACGAAAUGGCCCAUUUCGAUCGGGAACGUAUCCCAGAACGCGUUGUUCAUGCGAAAGGAGGAGGAGCUCAUGGAUACUUUGAAGUAACACAUGACAUCACAAAAUACUGCAAAGCUGAUAUGUUCAGUGAAAUUGGAAAAAUGACACCGUUGCUCGCAAGAUUCUCAACUGUUGGAGGAGAGAGUGGUUCUGCAGAUACUGCCCGUGAUCCACGUGGAUUUGCAAUCAAAUUCUAUACCGAAGAAGGAAAUUGGGAUUUGGUUGGAAACAACACUCCCAUCUUUUUCAUCCGGGAUCCAAUUCACUUUCCAAACUUUAUUCACACUCAAAAAAGAAAUCCGAGAACACAUCUCAAGGAUCGUAAUGCAAUGUAUGAUUUCUGGAUCAACCGUCCUGAAUCCAUUCAUCAAGUCAUGUUUCUGUUUUCGGAUCGCGGAACUCCAGACGGUUUCCGUCAUAUGAAUGGAUAUGGUUCACAUGCAUUCAAGAUGGUUAACAAGGAAGGAGAACCUAUCUACUGUAAAUUUCAUUUCAAGCCCACACAAGGUGUCAAGAAUCUGAGUUCUGCCGAUGCUGAUAGACUCGCUGGAGAAAACCCGGAUUACGCUAUCGAAGAUUUGUUCAAUGCCAUUGAGAAGAAGGACUUCCCCGAGUGGAAGUUGUUUAUUCAAGUAAUGACAUUCGAACAAGCUGAAAAGUGGGAGAUGAAUCCAUUUGAUGUUACCAAAGUUUGGCCACACGGUGACUAUCCACUCAUUGAAGUCGGAAAGAUGGUUCUCAACAGGAAUCCGAAAAACUAUUUUGCUGAGAUUGAGCAAUCUGCUUUCUGUCCAGCUCACGUCGUUCCUGGAAUCGAAUUUUCUCCAGAUAAAAUGCUCCAAGGUCGUCUGUUCUCAUACACUGAUACUCAUUAUCAUCGUCUUGGUCCAAAUUACAUUCAACUUCCUGUCAAUUGUCCAUACCGUUCUCGUGCUCAUAACACUCAACGCGAUGGAUUUAUGACUAUUGACAGUCAAGAAGAUGCUCCAAACUAUUUCCCAAAUAGUUUCAAUGGAUAUCGUACUCGCGAUGAUGUGAAAGAAACAUCGUUUAGUUUGGUGGGAGACGUUGAUCGCUACGAAACUAGAGACGAGCACAACUACGAGCAGCCACGUCAAUUCUGGGAAAAAGUUCUCAAGGAAGACGAAAGAGAUCGACUCGUGCAGAACUUCACCAGCUCAUUGGCACCAUGCUAUGAGCAAAUCCAGCAAGCAAUGAUCAAGAUUUUCAGCAACGUACAUCCCGAUUUCGGAAACGCCGUUCGACAUGCACUGUGCCAAAAGAAACAGUCAUAA